UGUCUGUCAAAACGAAGCAUUCAAAGCAACCCGGGAGGGCCCGCAAUUGUUUUUACCCGCUUAUGGGCCUUUUCCUGAGGGAAGCGCAGGGGUGCGGAGAAAAGCGAGGUGGAAGCAAUAAAGUUAUGUGGUUUAUUUUCACCUUUAGCAAAGAGUAGCCAAAUUUAAGGAAAUAACGUGCCCCCAAACGGUUGUAUCAUUAGGAGAUGGAGACGGUUACCGUAGAUGUGCGCAUAGAAAGCAAAGAAAAAGACUCUGCAGAACAAACUUCCAAAGAUGUGAUUGAAGUUCGCUCUCUGAAUGACAUUGAAUUACGAGAACAGCUCUCUGUACAUGGAUUCAAUGCUGGACCAAUAUUACCUUCCACAAGGACUACCUAUGAGAACAAGCUAUUACAGUUGAUGAAACAAUGCCCAACCAGUGCAGCUGGGGAAAAUAGCAGGCUUGAUGAUUCUGAAAAGGAAAAUGGAGAACAUGGGCAAACCACAGAAGUAGUCCUCCAAACAAACAACCUCAGAGUGACAGCUGAAUGUGCCUCUGGGCUUGGUAAUAAGCCAACUGUAGAUGUUGAAGAACGCCAGAAGAAACUGUUAUCAUCUAAUAUUGAACACAGUUUGGCCAAAAUAGUGGCAGAGCUACAGGAAAUAUUGCCAGAGGGCAAGGUGGCAUUGAAUCGGUCACAAGGACCAACCACAAGGAGAAAAUCUGGUAGCAGCCCUGGACCGAGCUGCAAACAAAAGAUAAAUCAUCCUCCACACAUAGAUUAUGGCUAUCCUGAUGCUAACCGUGUAGGAGUAAGUACUAGAAGAAGGACGGUACAAGCAAAGACACCUUCAGUGAAGCAACUUUCUGUAGCAAAAUCUCAGGUGUUUGAGAAGCCAGUAGAAGAACUUAUACCAACCCGUGUAAAGAUGGCAGUGUUUGCUAUCUUCAUUUUCCUUCUUGUUGUGUAUGUUACUAUGGAAACUAAUAUGGGGAAUCCAUUCCCAAGGUUUAGCAUGGGAAAAUGAGAGCAUCUCAUCAUUUAGAGAUGACAUCAAAAGACUAAAGGUGGUGGUUCUGUUUAGCUGCUUAUGAAUAAGCAAUCUGGGUAGCUAAUUAAAAAGCAAAAGUGGAUAUACCAUGUAUGUGUUUUCUUUGUUUAGAAUUUAAAAUGCAUUGCAGCAUCUGUAUCUUAAAAUAUCUGGCAGCAUCUACUUUUUUGACAGUGGUUCAUGAUUUAGCUCAUUGGUAGAGGCUUUCUUGAUUAAUGGAAACCAAUUUCUUCCUUUCUUUAUUCCAGAAGGUGAAGUUUUCCUUUUGCAGCCAGUCCUCCCACCAUUGUUUGUAUUAUUCAAGUGGUUCUUAUGCUUAGAAGACAAUUUGUCAAAGCCUAAUGAACCCACGAGUAAGAAGCAUAAACCUAGAAGGAAAAGGUUGCAGAAAAGGUUGCAAAAAUGAUUGUGGGGUAAUUCAACUGCCCUGUGAUAUACCCACACAGAAUACAAGUUGCAGGGUAGCUUUUUCUCAGAGCCAAAUAGAUUCCAUCGCUCUCACCAUCAUAGCUCGGUGCUUUAAUUCAACCCGAAGCCUUUGUUCUAUACAGAAAUAGGCUGUGGAGCUGGGCUGCCUAUCCUAGUAUAAGUAGAAGCACCUGUUAUGUAAUCUAAUGUAAAAUGACAGAGUCCUUGAUGCCUGAUCAUACAGGCACAGCUGUGGCGCAUACAUUUCUGUGUACCUGUUUUCUUCUCAUGGACAGUGUGAUAUGUUGCUUUUGAGAACUUGCAAGCUUUAAUCUGUGACUCCCAUUGAUCAUCCUGUGGGGAAUUUCCUGGGAUAUGUAGUCCAAAACUAUAGACUGGUUACUAGAGAAAUAAAGACAUAUUAAUACCUUUUCAUGCCUUAUUUUACUGUCUUUAAACUGUCAAAGCCAAGUUCUUCA